AUGAGAAUCCAAAUCAUCGCUCUCUUUCUCGGUCUGAGCACCGCAGUCCUCGCAGUCCCUCAUAUGCCACAGAACGAAAGACGUAUGUGGAAGAACUGGCAAGAGUUAUCGAUUACUACCGUGACGCCGACGCCGACGCCCACACCCCGGCCGUCGCCUACCACACCACCAGGCGACGACGAUGAUUCUGGGGAAUUUCCAUUCCCAUGGCCCACCGAGUGGCCACCAAUCUUCGACGACUUCCCUGGCAUCGGAGGAAAUGACGAUUCAAGCUCCGGUGAUGUGCCUGAUGCCAAGGGCAAAUCUACUUCUGGGAUUCCAGAUGUCGAGGGCAACAAUCGUCUUCGGAAGGGAUCGAGAUAG